AUGAGCUACUCCCUCUACGACGCCGCCAUUCUCCACAGCAAGGAUGCUCUGAACUCCCUCUCCAGCAUCCUCAAGAAGGCCGAGUCCCACGCCAACGCCGCCUCUUUCACCACCGCCAAGCUGGCCGAGGACAUGCUGGACCUGAGCUUCCAGGUGCACUUCACGACCGACGUAGCACAGAAGAUCGCCGCGCGCCUCACCGGCAGCGAGCCCCUCACACUCUCCCGCGAGGACUGCAACUCCUUCGAGAGCUACCAGGCGCGCAUCGCGCAGGUGCUCGAGGUGCUGAACAAGGUGGACAGGGAGGUCGUUGAGAAGCGCAUCGACGAGAUCGUCACCAUUGGCCUCGGUCCUGGAAAGUCGGCUGACAUGAAGUGCCGCGACUUUGCUCAGGGAUACGCCAUUCCCAAUGUUUUCUUCCACUUGACUACUGCUUAUGCGAUCUUGAGAAAGGAGGGUGUUGACCUGGGCAAGAUGGACUUCCUUACUCCUUUCGUGGGACAGUACCUUUCUUAG